GCGCUGCGGAACCGGGAGCGGGCGCGGGGAGAGGGCGGCAGCCCCCGGGGCAGGGCCGCGCCGGUCCCCGCACCGGUGGAGGGACGGGAGGCGUUUGGGGGCGGGCGGGCUCGUUCCCGGCGCCCGGAGAAGGGCGGUGCCGGGAGGAGGCCGGGCCGGCCUUGCGCUAGGCCCGGGCGGGCGCUGCAGGAGCCCCUCGCACCGGAGCCAGCAGCGAAAUCCGUCUGUUGGGUGGUAGGUCGGAUGUGGGGGGAAAUAGGUGCUUAGCCCUAAUACGGGAUUAAAAGAUGUUCCCUGAGACUGCGCGUUGGCUCCUGGAACGAGGGGCCGCCGCUGGGCUGGCCCUGCCGCCUGCCCGAGCGUUGUGAGGGGUUAGGCUGGGCAGGCUGAGCCGCUGAGGAAUGGGAGGGACGGAGAGCAGGAGCGGCACUUCCAGCUCGGUCGUCGCGGACAGGAGUUUGGUGUUCUGGACCCUGUGCUCCGUGCUCCUGCCGGUGCUCAUCACCUUGUGGUGCAGCUUCCAGCGGUCCCGGCGGCAGCUGCAGAUCCGAGACAUCUUUCGCAAGAGCAAGCAUGACUGGCACUACACGGACCUCUUCGGCCAGCCCUCCUACUGCUGCGUGUGUGCCCAGCACAUCCUCCAAGGGGCUUUCUGCAACUGCUGCGGGCUGCGGGUCAGCGAGAGAUGCCUCCGGAAGGCCGACCAGCGCUUCCUCUGCAAGGAAAUCAUGAUGAGGAGCAGUGGGGGAGCCCACAGCUCCAUGCCGCACCACUGGAUCCGAGGCAACGUCCCGCUCUGCAGCUGCUGCGUGCUGUGCGGGCAGCAGUGCGGCACGCAGCCCAAGCUCUGCGACUACAGAUGCGUGUGGUGUCAGUACACUGUACAUGAUGAGUGCAUGAUGGAUUGUUUAAAGACUGAGGAGUGCACAUUUGGAGAACUCAGAGACUUAAUUAUCCCACCAUACUAUUUGUCUACAAUCAACCAGAUGCGCAAAGAAAAACGAACAGAUUAUGAAAAGGUUGUACCUUAUGGCAAGAAACACUGGAUGCCUGUAAUUGUACUGGCUAAUACUCGGAGUGGAAACAACAUGGGUGAAACUUUACUAGGAGAAUUUAAAAUUCUGCUGAACCCCGUUCAGGUUUUUGAUCUAAGCAAAAUUACACCAGCCAAAGCACUCCAACUUUGUACCUUGCUGCCUUGCAACGCUGUCAGGGUUCUUGUCUGUGGUGGGGAUGGCACAGUGGGCUGGGUCCUGGAUGCAGUAGAUGAAAUGAAGAUAAAGGGGCAAGAACAUUUUAUUCCACAAGUUGCAAUUUUACCUCUGGGAACAGGUAAUGACCUGUCUAACACACUGGGCUGGGGUGCAGGUUAUGCUGGAGAAGCCCCUGUGGAACAAAUCUUACGAAAUGUCCUGGAGGCAGAUGGAAUCAAACUAGACAGAUGGAAGGUUCAAGUAACAAACAAAGGAUACUACAACUUAAGGAAACCAAAGGUAUUCACAAUGAACAACUACUUUUCAAUAGGACCUGAUGCUCUCAUGGCUUUAAAUUUUCAUGCUCAUCGUGAGAAGACUCCCUCUCUGUUUUCCAGCAGAAUUAUUAAUAAGGCUGCUUAUUUUUUUUAUGGAACCAAAGACUGCCUAGUGCAGGAAUGUAAAGAUCUUAACAAAAAGGUUGAGCUAGAGUUGGAUGGUGAGAGAAUCGAGUUGCCCAAUUUGGAAGGCAUCAUUGUCCUGAAUAUUUCCUAUUGGGGAGGUGGCUGUAGGCUCUGGGAAGGAAUGGGUGAUGAACCCUACCCCUUGGCAAGAUACGAUGAUGGACUUCUGGAAGUUGUUGGCGUCCAUGGUUCUUUCCACUGUGCCCAGAUUCAGGUGAAACUGGCAAAUCCUGUUCGCCUAGGGCAGGCACACACAGUGAGGCUGAUCUUGAAGAGUUCAAAGAUGCCAAUGCAGGUGGAUGGGGAGCCGUGGGCCCAGGGGCCCUGCACUGUGACCAUCACUCACAAGACACACGCACUGAUGUUGUACCACUCGGGGGAACAAACAGAUGACGACGCUUCCAGCGUGUCCGAGCAAGACCACGGGAGAGAACAGACGGACGAGGACGUAUAGGUUCUGUGGAAUUUCACUAUGUAUGGUGAUGAACUUCAGCUCAUUACAAACAUGGAGAACACCUAAUCUAAAUUAAGGUUUAUGCUGUAAGGUUCAUACCUGUGAAUUAACUAGAGCUGAGGAAAAAGCCAUGCUUUCAUGUUCAUGAAAACUGUCACAGCUGAAAUAUCACAACUGCUUUGCCUUUCUAGCUGGGGGAGCUAGUCACUCUAAACGCUGGAAACAGACAGGUACUGCAGCCCUUCCUUGCUGUGGAAUCAGAUCUUCUGCACACAGUAUAAUAUACUAAAGGUUUGAUACCCUUGGAAAGGGGAACAGCUGGGAGUUUGGCCUGCUUCCACCUGCCCUCCUCCCCAGAACAGUUCCAGAACAGAAAAACAGACCAAAUAGGAUGGUGGGCUUAUGUUGUGACGACAGCCUGCUCCUGGCUGCCAUCUCUUCUUGGUAGCAGGAGAAGUACUGCUUAUGCAGUGCGUAUCAAAUAGGCUUGACUGGGAGAGCAGAGGAUCUGGGAGCUCUUGGGAAGGUGAUUAUCUAGAAAGAUGCUUUUGGACCAAAGGUUUCUGAAAAUGUUCUGUUAGCAAAUGACCUUUUUCAGUGGCUUUGUAAGCCGUAGGCAGAGUACUCCUGAGGUCUUGAGUACCCAAGAUGAAACUUCAAAGUAAUUGUACCAUGACUUGCACUGAAUGAUCCUGUGACUGACUCUGCUUCAGUUCAGUGAGAGACUAGUUCUAGUUUUUGUAAAUAGCAACAUCUUUGUUCUUGAGGAGGCCUUUUGAAGGAAAACUUGGAUACAGGAGCUAUCUUUUUUAGUUGUUUACAGCAGGGUUUUAAAGAAAUACUGAUGAUUGGCAAAUGUGGGUUUUUUUAAAGGCUUUUUAAAGAUCUUGCUUCAUAAUGACCUGAAAAUGAUCACUAGGAAGUCAGUCUGUUAACUGUUUAAGUGUGGAGGUUGAGAGCUAAGUUUGCAGAGGUUUGCAAAUUCUGGCGUUCAUGUGUAUCAUUUGAUUGGGAAAAAAAGCACGGAAGCAUUUGUUUUCUGAUUGGCUCUUAGGGGGUCAGAGACACCUGGUUGGACCUGAAACUUCUGAAUACAAGGUGAGAAAAAGAUUGGUGUUCUAUCCUGAGAGUAAAAAACAGCUACAACAGUAUAUGGAAACUGUUACUUCGGCAUAUAUGAAGCUUCUCAGGUUAAAAGCUGCUCAGGUGAAAACAUCUUUGUGGUUAACAGAAGUAAAAAUCUGCCUCCUUUUUUCUUUUCUGCUGUAGGAAUGUUAAGCCUGCAGCAGGUCAGAGCUAUAAGCUGAAGUUUAAAAUUUGUCACUAAGUAAUUAACUUAUGUCCAGCUGAGUUACUGAAGGUGAUCUUCCAAUUAGGAAGAGAAUUUAUGCGGAAUGUGUUGUGUGUAAGCCAAGAUUCUAAGAAAGGUCUGAACCUUGAAUGUUGCUGCUUUUGUCAGAAGUCCCCCAAUCUUUUCCCCCUCCUCCCCUUUUCUCUUGAUGAUAACUGAAAGUAAUACCUUUGGGUAAAGUAAGCUAUGUUUCUAGGUUUUGUAAAAUGAAUCUGUUUUUCAAGAAUAUAUAAAAUGUUUGCAUUAACAGUGAAUUAACUAUUUAUAUUUUAAAAUAAUUUAUUGAAACCUUGACAGAGUCAGUAUUUUUAAAACCUUCAACUGUAAUCCUCUUGAAGAGCAUUUUUAACUUGAUGGUAUUAAUUGCAGAAGGUGUAUGUACUAGAUCUUAAAUACUACUGAUUAUCAGUGAAUUUGUAGCUGCCUGAAAAUGUGAUUGGGGUGUGUAAUGAACUGUAAAGCAGAAGCCAUUUGUAAAUUCCAUAUUCAUUAGUCUUAUACACCUCAUCCUAAUGAUUUUAUUGUAUGUGAAUAUAGAGAGAAAAUUCAUAGUUAAAUUUAUAUAAAAGGUGUUUAAAAUACCCAAAAGUACACUGUUAGAUAAAUCCACUACCCUUUUUUCCUUAGUUAUGAGGUUCGAUUUGUAUUAGCUUCAGAAAUCUUACAAGUUAAAUUAUUGAUUUGUUGUUGUUGUUGUUAUUUUUUUUUUAACAAUUUGUAACCAUCAGCCUCCUAAAAAUAUUUGUGUGCUAUGGUUCUUAUGUAACUAUUGUUUACAAACAAAGGAUGAGUCUGGAAAAGCAGGGUAUGUGCUAUGAAAGGCAGUAUUUUAUCAAGAGAAGUUACACCACUGGCUACUUGAUCUAAACUAUUCAUAAUACAGUUUAAAGAGUUUACCUAAAGUUGCUCAGAUGAUUAUUUAAAUUGUUUUAAAGCCUAAGAGCUUUUAAUUGUUAAAAAACUUCACUCUUUGAACUCCUGACGUCUGGAAAAAAAAAAAUCAAUGCCAAGACUUUGAAAGUUGCCCUUUUUUACAGUGGGUGAGCUGGCUUCACCUGUGCUUUGCCUGAGUGGGUACCAGUGAGGUUGUACUAUGUUUGUGAAGGAAGGAUCUUCCCACUUACUGGGGCUGUCUACAAGUCCAGUCUUAAAAGUGUGUAAUCCUCUUCGGGAAAAGUAAAUCCAUCGUUCCUCGUGGAGAAACAAAGGAGAAUUAGAAGUGAAAGUAGCAGCUAAUUGGGCAUUUGUUCGGGACAAUCCCUGGUAAAUGGUUUUGUUUGUAUUGGGUAGAUCAUCCCCUCCUUCCAUGUGGAAGUGAAGCUGGUUUUCACAAAUUGACUGUUGGUGAUUGCAGCAAGUGAUAAGUAGCAAGUGUAGCCACUGGAAGUACGGGAAAGACUCUGGUGAAACUGUAUGUAUGGUGUGGAGAUUAUUCAGUGAGGUUGAAGUGUCCCAAUCAGAAAUGGGGUGAUCCUACUUGUUUAACAAUAUGUAGCUGUCACAUGCAUGACCAAAAAAACCCUUCAUUUUAAACAUACAGUGUUAGCACCAGAAUCUGCUGGGAAGGCUGGCUGUUUCCAGGCUGUCCUUAGAUUUCAAUCUAUCCUCCUUUCCAGUAAGUUGCAAAUUGAGUUAAAACUUGUUUUCAGUUACUUUAUGGAACUGUUUUAAGUUUUAAUCCAACUGCAGACAGUGUCAGCAGUGGGCUCCCAGAUUCUAAUGCUAACAGAAAUUAACUUUUCUAGUUUGUAAUAUAGGUGUAGCUGCUUAAUGUUGUCCUAUGUGUGCUGUGACUGUAAAACUGUCAGUAAAACUGCUUUUUUAAAGCUACUCCAAAGCUCUUCUGAAAACAGGUUGGAAACCUGAAAGUCCUGCAGUACAUUCUCUAUCCAGAAGAGGGUAUUCUGCAGCUUGUUCUCAUGUCCUGCACUGAAGAAUUUUCCCUUACCCUGUUAAAAGAUUAACAUUGGAAAAAUAGAGGAAGCUAUGUUUCAAAAAGACCAAUAAUGAAUAGUUGCUUCUGCCUUCAUACAGUAUAACUUUGUGUAAAAUGUACAGGGUGAAUAAUAACAUCAGUUGUCAAGCACUGAAAAGUCAAGUUACAAAUAUUAUUUUUAAGUUUCAUUGCUGCAAACACUAUCAUAACUGAAGCUGGGUCAGAUUCUGAUAAACUCUUGACUGUAGGUUCUCAAUCCUGUGAUGUGCUAUGUGAAAACCUUACACUUGUAUAGAGAGCCUUUCUGUGGGUCACCUUCCUGCCUUGCUCAAACCUCACACACACUGAGAGGAUGUGUAGGCAGAUUUUCAUCUGCAGGGAACGUCUUGUCACAGGCUUUGUUUUACUUUGUGUUUGCACUUCAGCAAUUCAUAACAGGCUUAAAUCGUUUCAAAUAUCACCUGCCUUUUUGGUCUUUCUCCAUGUCCAGACUUCUUAAAAAGGUGUCUGAAGGCCAAACUUGCAUUCUUUGACUUUAAGAACAGCUGAUGAAUGACAGUCACUUUUUUUUUUUUUUUCCAAAGUAUCUGUUUAAAGCAGGUUGUGGUAAUAUGUGGAACAUGCUUUUAACAGCACUUUGAAAUUACUGCAGUUAUUAAAGAAUGUAGCCUUGUGUUUUCUUUGUACUGCAAUGGCAAUACUUCUUUUUCAAAUUAAUUUGUAAUUGUGUUAAAAUUUGAACAUAUUUUUUCAAGUCGUGCUGUUAUGAAUUGCAUUUCAAGUUCACAAUGCAAAGACUGUAUAGCAUAAUUUGUGUACUUGAUAUUCUUUUUAUACACUGUUGAUGUUGCCUCUUCACGGGCUUGUUCUUUGUCCCAGGUCUUGGUUUUCUUAGGCACUAAGUAAAUUGAAACUUCAUUUACUUUAGUUAGAAGAUUUAAGUACAUGCUCUCAGAAAACAGACUUGCCUUUUUCCUGGCUGCAAAAGAAAAUGCUGCCAUGUUUGAACACACUUGGAGAAAAUUAUCUUGUUGAGGCAAUUCUUAGAGCAAGAGUAAGUUAAACAUUUCUUCUGUAUAACUUCAGCUGAUUCAGAUGGAGAAUUUGCUCCACUGUACUUUUUGUCUUGAUGGUGUUUACAACUACUAGUAAGUACUUAUUUCCCUCAGUCAUUUAAUUGAAAAUUUUAUGCUGGCUCAUUUUCAACUAAAAAGGUUGAGACAGUAUCAAAAGCUCUGCUGACAUCAGGAUAGUGAGCUUGUCAAAAUAGAAAAUUGGAAUGGCUUCAUGGAGCCUUUUCUUAAACCAGUAACCCACCUGCAUUGGCUUUUUCAGUCACUAUCACCACGCUGGAAGAUACCAGAAGGGACUUCAAGGGUACAAUGUUCCCAGUACCCCUGAACUAUUUUGAAAGUACAAUUUUUUUCUUUGCUGCUGGGGAGGAAACUCCCCAUUCUUCACAGGUUUUGAGAACUGAUAGUCAAAGGUUCUGGCUUUAGUUUUGCUGGUUCCUUCUAGUUCUGUGUUAUGUUGCACUGAAGCUCACAGCUUUCAUAGUGUAUGUUACUGUAGCUCACUGGUUAAAAAAAAAACUUAAAGCACUGUACCUGAGCUGUGAACAGCAUAAUGGUAUCAAUGUGAUAAUACUUAUGGUUUUUUACUUGGCAGCAAAUGCAUUUUGGUAGAGCACCACUUAACCUAGUUAGUUAAUCUAUAAGUAAGAGAAUAGGACACUUAGGAAUCAUUGCAUGUGUUCUAACUUCUAAAAUCCUUUUUUUGUUCUGUAUUCCAUACCAACUAUGAGUGCUUUUCUUCCUUUUGGAAAAUAGAUUUGACCCCUCAUUUAGGGGUAAACUAGGAUAUCUUCAGAUUUAAAAAUACUGGUAGUAUAACCGCUCCUGUUGAAUGUCGACCACUUCUCUAAAAAUGCUCUGACUUUUCCUCUGAGAAAUGAUACCUGCUUCCUGAAUACAGGAAUGAGACAACAGAGACCACUUGUUCAUUUAGUAAUUGGGUAUAUUAAGAGAAUUUACAUAUUGUGUAUGUCAGUUUUGUCUAGGCCACAGUUCCAAAAGCAUGCCAUGAUCAAAAUUUGUCUCACUAAGAGUGCUGAAUACCCAGUUCAGGUUUUGGGCAUCUCAGGGAGAGACUUGUAGUUGGAGUAAAGCCACAUGCCUUGACUAAACCUAGUGAUGUUAUGCUGAUUUACAUUAGCUGAGGAUCCUGCCCUUAACUGUUCAAAAGUAUGAAUGUAUUCAAUUUUUUACUUUGUUUCUGGUUAAUACUGCCCUGUUUGCUGUGCUGUGUACCCUUCUUGCUAUGUAAUUUAUUUGUUGUAUUGUUUCAUUUGUUUGUAGAUAGAAGCAUAAAAAUAAUUUUCUCUUUAAGAGUAUGUGGGAAGUUAUGUUGUGAGUUUGUUGCAUUUUCUAUCUUCAAAGUUUACAUCCCUCAAAAGCCACUGUGUCUGCUACCAACUGUUUUAAUGCUUAGAGUACCUCCAGCCAUCUUGUCUUUCUAGGAUUUUUAUAGUUAAACAGAAUGGAUUUUUAUUUUUGUAGCUUGUAACUUCAAUAUGUAUAGUAGUUAUUUCUAUUUAGUAACUAGUGAUAAGAAUAAUGUAAAAAUGUUACUUUUAGGAGCUGUAACUCUAAAUUAGUAGUAACUACUUACAAGAAAAUACCAGCAUGUUAACAGUUAAAAAAAAAAAAAAUUAAACUUGGAAAUAGCUUGGAAAUACUGUGAUGCUGUGACUUGGGGUUUGUACUGACUGUGUUUAUGCAUAUAUUCUGAAGUUGCACUAAAUAGGUAAAAAAUGAGCUUCAAACACAAGUGAUAGAUUAAAAAGUCCAAUUUAUAAUAUCUUAGUGUUUUUUUCAACCAAGAAAUGUGACAUGUGGGAUUCAGUGUUUUCUUGGUUUUCCCACAGAAGGGGUGAUAUUCCUUAUGGUGCAGUUUGAGAUGUGUGUUACUUACUGCCCUAAUACAACCAUUCCUGCCUCUCUUCUCAGAACACAAACGCAGAGCAAACCUGCACGCUCACAGCUGAGAUUGCAUUUGCAAAGAAAUAACCAGCCAAUGUAGUACUGGACCUCCAGUAGAAAUGUUUAGAGUCAAAAUGUAUUAAUUUUUUUUCUUGACAUUACAUGAUGCUUUCAAAUCACAAAUUGUUUUUCCUUUGUUUUUUUAAAAUAAGGCAGGCAGAAAUGAGAGUACAAGGAGGUAUAACUGCAAAGCUCUUAGUCACAAAAGCUGAGAGGUGUGUUCUUAAUUUGCUGCAUAGGCCCAGAAGUGUGAUUGUGGAAUAUCUCAUAAAAACCCACUUUGUUUGCACCCUCGUGGGCUUGAUCCAAUAUUUCUGAAGCGGGUGGUAAUACCAGAGGCCCUGUAAUUGUGGUAUUCACUCAAAUAAUUACAUGUGGGUGAUGUGUAUUAUUUGUGUACUCGGGCCAGUUUGUCUGUAAGAAGCUGUAACGUCAGUGAAAUCCCAGAACUGCAGCUGGGUCUGUGGUGGUACUGCACAUAAACACAAGUGAAACUUGCCUUCAGUCAGUUGUAUCAAGGCCUGUCCUUGUGACUUGGGCUCCCAGAAGGCUCCUUUGAGAAGUAUCUGCUCCAUAUUCUUCACAGAAGUUUAUAAAUACCGAUUUUUCACAGCACUGACUGCUACUGAAUUUCCUAAUGCAUCUUUUUGUUGUCUUGUUAUUUGUACUGUAUUUCUCUGUAGAUUAAAUUGUAUGGAUUAAAAUAUUUAAAUUCA